AUGCAUGGCCCUGUCUGUACAUAUCGUCGUGCUCUGAGCCCUAAUAAACCGUUGCGUGCACGCUAUCCCGUCUCCGUUUUCUUCACACAACACAACGUUGAUAAUUAUAAUGUUGAACAUGCCGAAGAUGCUAAUUUUGAUCUAGGCAAUAAUGUUAAUUUUGAUCUAGCCGAUCAUCCUAAUGUUGAUCUAGGUGAUAAUGCUAAUUUUGGAAACGCUGCCAAUGAAAAUAAUUCUAAUGAUAACAAUGCUAAUGGUGACAAUGAUGUAAAUUUAGAAGAUUUUAUUAGUAAUUUGUGUGAAAACGUAGAAAUUUAUGCUGCUCUGCUGUAUGCAAUCCCCUCUGUCACUCGGAAACUAGUUGACAAUAUAAUUAGCUAUACUUCAGAGCUGAUUUCUAACUCUGUUUCUCUACUGAAAAAAUGUACAAUGCAUAUAUUGUCUAAAUUUCCUGAAAUGUAUGAUGAUUUUCAUGUUGAUGUGCAGAAACUUACAAACAUGUUCGAAGUUAUAGGAAACCCCUUUGAAUUUAUGUCUACUGAAUACCGUCGACUGUGCACUCUAGCUGAAAAGGGUGUUUACAUUAAGCCUGAGCCCUUUGAAAUGGGACAUGUUGAUAAAUAUAUCCAAAUAGAAGGUAGAGUUCAGCUUGUCAGAAGUCCAGUUUACGGAUAUACCAUUCCUUUAAGAGAGGUUCUGCAGCAAUUUUUACAAAGACCAGGGGUUUUGGAAGAAAUUUUGAACUUUAUGAACAGUCUUCAGAAUGUUAAUGGAAGAGUAUCACAUUUUCUGCAGGGGCACCUUUGGGAGCGUAUGCAAGUUUCUCAUGGUGAUAAAUUAGUGUUACCACUUGUCCUGGACUUUGACGAUUAUGAACCAAAUAAUGCCUUGGGUUCGCAUGCAAAUGAGCAGUCACUGGGAGCUUUGUAUGUUCGCCUGCAGUGCUUACCUCCUGACAGUAGUUCCCAGCUAGAUAAUAUAUUUUUGUUCUCAUUGUUUGAGUCCAAGUACCACAAAGAGUUCGGCAAUGCAGUAGCUUUUGCCUCAUCCAUUAGUGAACUGAAGUUUUUGCUUGAGGAAGGGUUGAUUAUUGUAGUUGGUGAGAGAAAUCAACGGGUAUAUUUUUGUUUGUGUGCCGUGCAAGGAGAUAAUAAGGGGAUUAAUCAUAUUCUUGGGUUCCUUAAGGGUUUUCGUGGGAAUUAUUUUUGUAGGUUUUGCAAAAUGCACUGGGACGUCACGAUCAGGUGGUGUCGUCCGGUACCAGCCGAAUUGAUUCGCAACACCGAAAAUUAUGAUGUUGAUGUAGCUCGUAAUGAUUCUCGUGCGACUGGUAUUCAUGAACAAUGUGUGUUUAACGAGUUGCCAGGUUUCCACUGCCUCUCGAAUUCUACCUGUGACGUAAUGCACACGGUAUUUGAGGGAAUGUUAAAGUACGGGAUUUGUAAUAUUCUUUCUCAUCUGGUUAAUAGAAGAGGGUAUUUUUCUAUUGAAACUUUAAUCGACAGAGUCAAAGGUUUUGACUUCGGGCCAAACGAGGUCGGAAAUAAGCCCCCGACUUGUAAGUUUUCGGCUUCUAGUCUUUCCGACUGUUCCCUUAACUUAUCUGCUGCUGAAUGGCUAUGCCUCGGGCGCUCUUUAGGUAUAAUGAUCGGGGAUCUUGUACAAGAAACCAACCAAGUUUGGAGAUUGUACGUCAUUAUCAAUGAAAUUAUUUUAAUAUGUUCUUCCCCCUUUUAUGAAGUAGGUGUUGAGAAUUACCUGUUAAGACUUGUGCAAGACCACCAUGAGUUGUAUACUCGUUUCUUUGGAGACCUUAAACCAAAGCACCACCUAAUGCUUCAUUAUGCAGAACACUUUAAGAAUUUUGGCCCUCUUACAGCAUUUAGUGCUCUUUUAUCAGAGCGUAACCACAGGAGGGGCAAAUUAUAUGCCCGUGUGUGCAACUCCAGGAUUAAUUUAGCCCUAACCUGUGCCAUUAAGUUUCAAUUAUAUUUGGCGGAGAGACUAAUGCGUCCAGAUGGGCGCCAGCUAAUUGUGCAUACUAAGUGUAAGCGAGUUUUACUUGCAUCUCUGGCCUACCAUGCAAUGUUUGCUCAUCUUUUACCAUUUCCUGACAAUAUGCUUCAUACUGUUGACAGAGUAGAGGUAAAAGGGACCAUUUACGUUCCAAAGGCUGUACUGGUAGUUGGUGUAGGGGCCGACUUGCCAUUAUUAGGUAAAAUUAUCUAUAACAUAAUGCAUAAUGAUGGUGUAGUGUUCGUCGUUCAAAUGUACAAAGUUGUUGGUUACCUUGAACAUGUAUGUGCAUAUGAAGUGGAGGAUGGGGAUCAAUGGUGUUGUCUGCGCCAUGAAAAUGUACGCUAUUACGACCCACUUCACCUGCGCACCACAUCUGACGGAAAGAAAGUGGUUGGUUUGACAUAUUCUCUCUAA